UCGCUGGCUUGCCCACCUGGCCGUCCCAAACUGAGCGCAAGCUCUCCAAACCGAACCAGAGGGGCGAGUGAUCUUUUCGAGGGUUCAUCUCAUUGGCGAGGAAAAGGCACUUUGCACAUGCCUCGCUCAGAGCCGGUACCACGUUACUUAAGUUUGUUAGAGCUUUGUUGCUUUGCCACAUAUAUACCCUCAAAGGGAGUUAGUGAAAAGAUGCUUCUUUGCAACUCUUGACUUGCCACUUUAUGAACAAGGUUCUCAAUUUCCUGCAAGUUGCACAGAAGCUUCUUUAUGCUGAAUCAGACUAUUUAUCUAGCCCAGUUUUGUCAGCCCAGCUCUUCAGGGUUUCAGGGGGAGGCCUCUCCCAGUUCUGCAUGGAAAUGCAAUGUAUGUUCUCUAACCACCACCGACCCACGACCCUUCCCCUGAUGUCCUCCUCACCAGCCCUCUUUGAGCACACCAUUUCCCUUUCCUUUCAAGUGUGGCAGGGGGAGGGUGUUGCAUUAGACUUGGCUUACAUAUACUCAAGCCACAUCUGUGGUUUUUCCGUGGGGAGCUCCUCCACAUGCCUGAGUUGUGGCCAGCACCAACAUGAAUGGAUACAUGCAUGAAGCAAGCCUUAGCAUUGUUACCACCCAUCAAGCACAGACACAGCAGACAACUGUUAUUAAUUACCCCAUGCCACCUCAUCUCUAACCAGUUUUCUCCCAUUGCUUGUUUCCAGGCUUCCUUUGGGAGUUCCAGCCCAGGUUUGGAACAGGAGUUCCUUCUUCUGAGAUUCCGGCAGUGCGAAGCUUUUGGGCCUCACCCCCAGCUUCUUCGUCCCAUCAGUCCUUCCACCUUUUAAAAAGAGGAGACUCUCUCUCUGCUGCCCACCCAGAGAGAAACGCCAAGGCACCAGGUAAGCAAGCACAGUGGAAUGGCCCUUGGCCAUAUCCAGUGCACAUUUUUAUGCACAUUUUCAUGCACAGGGAUUAACUCAGUACAGAGUGGAAAUAAUGUGUUAGUUUAGCAAUGCAUAGUUAGUUUUCAGAGACGGGCCUAGAAUACACAUAUAUUUUAUUUUAUUCGCUGCUUUGCUUUCUCUUAAGACAGCCCUGAAUGGUUAUAAAAUAGUUAGGGCGAUGGCAAAUAAUCAGUUGUUGCCAUUAUCAUUUUUCUUGCUCUUCUAAGUUUAUUGGUAUUUUACUGACACCAAUUUUCCAUCCAUAGGAAAUCAUGUCACGUAAAAGAAAAGUGGACUCCGAGUGCAGAGUUUUCAACGAACAGUGGACAUACGACUACUUUUUCACCCAAUACAAAGAAAGAGGCGUUUGUCUUAUUUGCCACGACACGGUGUCUGUCUUCAAGCAAUUCAAUAUCCAACGACACUACAAUACUCACCACAAGGAUAGAUAUUCUUCUUUGACAGGACAAUUAAGAAAAGAUGAAAUAGCGAGACUGAAAACUGCCUUGACAGCUCAACAAAAUGUGUUUGUGAAGCGGAAGCAGGAGAACAUUUCGUCUUUGCGAGCAAGUUUUCAGAUUUCCAGGCUUAUAGCCCGCAAUGGAAAACCCUUUGUAGAGGGAGAAUUUGUUAAAGAAUGUAUUCUUACAGCCUCCAAAGAGAUGUGUCCGGAGAAGACUGAAUUGUUUUCCACAUUGAGUCUUUCUGGAAGCACAGUGACUCGUAGGAUUGAAGAAAUGGGGGGAAAUUUGCAUGAACUUUUGCAAAAUUCCUCAGAAAAGCUUCGUUACUUCUCGCUGGCACUGGACGAAAGCACAGAUAUCCGUGAUUCUGCGCAACUCCUAAUUUUCAUCCGUGGAACAAAUGAAAAGUUUGAAUUCACAGAAGAGCUUGCUGCACUGCAAAGCAUCAAGGGAACAACGACUGGAGAGGAUAUCUUUGCAAAAGUUCAGCAAACUAUCCAUGAUUUGAAGUUGGACUGGGCUAAACUUGCCAGUAUCACAACAGAUGGUGCUCCUAGCAUGGUGGGGCGUACAAGAGGAGUGGUUGCACGCAUCAACCAAGAGAUGGACAGACACAAUCAGCCACAUCCAAUAGCAAUACACUGCCUUAUCCACCAACAAGUGCUGUGUUGCAAAAGAUCGCUGAAGUUGGACGCAGUCAUGAAAACUGUGGUGUCCUGUGUGAACUUCAUUAGAGCUCAUGCACUUAACCACAGGCAGUUUCAAGAAUUUCUGUCAGAGUUAAAUGUUGAGCAUGAAGAUCUACCAUACCACACAGAGGUCCGUUGGCUGAGUCGAGGAAGAGUUUUAAAACGUUUCUACGAAUUACUUCCUCAAGUUUAUGAUUUUAUGCUGAUGAAAGACAGAGAAGUGCCAGAGCUCCAAGAUGACGAAUGGAAAUGGCUGCUUGCCUUUCUGACUGACAUAACCGAGCUACUGAACAGUUUCAAUAUUCAAUUGCAAGGAAAGGGGAAGCUCAUUGGUGAAAUGUUUGCACAUGUGAAAGCGUUCCAAGGGAAAUUAGACUUAAUUGUUAGACAUGUGAAGGAGAAAAACUUUUUUCAUCUCCCCACAACUCAAAACCGGUCAUUGGGAAAUCCAACAGUUCCAUUCCCAAAAGAAGCAUGUGUGGAUUUAGUGGAGAGUCUGCAAAAGGAGUUCCAAACAAGAUUUAAGGAGCUUCACAUCCAUGAAAAGGACAUACAUCUUUUCCGAAACCCUUUUUGUGUGGACAUUGACACUGCAGAUCCCAUUCACCAAAUGGAAUUGAUUGAACUGCAAACUUGUGAUGCUUUGAAAGACGCAUUCAAGACAAGCAGCCUUGCAGAUUUCUACGCAUCUCUCCCCUCAGAGACAUAUCCAAACAUCAGAAACCAUGCACUCAGAUUUGCAACGGUCUUUGGCAGCACAUAUGUCUGCGAGCAAACUUUCUCUAGGAUGAAACAUCUGAAAUCUCCCACGAGAUCAAGACUGACAGAUGAACACUUACAUCACUUGCUAAGACUAGCAGUGACCAAUAUGGAACCAGAUAUAGACCAUCUCAUCAGCCAAAAGCAGGCCCAUUCUUCCCAUUCUUCCCAUUGAAGUUUUUGUUGAUUACAAUCAUUCUUUAAUUUAAAUAUUGUAUGGUGUUGUUUUAUUUAAAAUAUUAUUUUGUGUUGAUUAAAAUCAUUAUUUUAAAUUUAAAUAUUGUAUUGUUUUCCUGUUUUUUGUGCACCAAAUGCAAUAUGUUCAAUGUGCAUAGGAUUUCGGCUCCCCCCCACCCCCAAAAAAUAUAGUCCGGCCCAGCGAAGGGUCUGAGGGC